AAAAUGAAUGGCUUCAGCAGUUUGAUUCAAAAGCAUUUGAUUGCAAAAAGCAAGCAAAAGCAGCAGUUUUUGGUCAGCAGUAGUAAUUCAAGCAAGAAAGAAGGUGACGAGACUUCAGAUUUAUUGCAUAACUCUGCAAACAGAAAGUCUGCAAUAGUUAUUAAGAACAACCAACCGGCUGACAGAAUUAAGCCUUUUGAGGACCAAUUAGACUACACUGAUGGUCCUUCUGGCCAAAACAACGCAUCUCCCUACACAGACAACCUCGACAACAUCCUAGACCUGACCAACCCUCGACCCCAAAAAAACCCCAAGGCUGCGGCCAACCCCACUAAAUUCCAGCAGCCUGAGGACAUAAAUAUAUAAGUGGAGAUGAGUAUGAAGAGGAAGAAGAGGAAGAGGAGCCAGAUGACUUAGAGCAACUUAGGCCCAAGCCUAAGACUGGAAAUAAACAGCCAAAAAAAAUGAUUCCUAACCCAAAUGAUAUCGAGAAACCAAUAAUGAGAGGUAAUAAAUCCCUAAAGAAUGAGAAGGAAGUACGCUUAAUGGAUUCAGAAAUCAGGCCAAAAAAGUCCAUAAAGAAAUCAAAUUCAGGGACAGGAGUGCCUAGCGCAGACACAAACGUUAGGUCGAAUAACCCUAAUCUUAAAUAAGACAUCCAAUCUUCCAAUGAUUCAAGAAGUCAGAAGAGAUCCUCCAAAACCGAAAGGCAGUAUUCCCUUCACUGAGUCAGAAACUGCAAGAAGUAAUAUGAAUAAAGGAUCUGGAACAGGUCUAGUUUAAGAAAACACAAAACUCAAAUAUUUACAAGGCUGUAUACAUUACUGUUUAUUACUGGCUUGCUCUCAACGACCACUUCAAGCUUCUCUUCCUUGACAAGUCCAGUGAUGUUAUCUUCUUCACUUUCACCAUAAUUUUUGUGACAAUAUUUGCAUUCGACAUCCUGCUGAGGUCAAUUGCAGAAGU